CCUGCGUUUCCGACACAACAAUACUCACCGUAUUGGUCUGCAUUCACGCUCCCACUCCCCCUCCCCACGCCCGGCUCUCGGUAUGGCGGACGGCGAGAGGUCCCCGUUACUAUCGGAUCUGGGAGAUGGUGCUCUUGGCAGCGGUAACGGCGGGGUGUCUCCCGGUGCUGCUCCUUACGGCGCACCCAACAAACCACAGAGCUUCCCUCCGUUCCCCAGCCCCACUCAGCCCUCGGUGCUCCUGGGGGAGGACCCUCCGCCCUAUUCCCCUCUCACCUCCCCUGAGAGUGGCAGUGCUCCUGUUAUCAGCUGCAGGGUGUGUCAGAGCCUGAUCUCUGUGGAGGGAAAGAUCCACCAGCACGUGGUGAAGUGUGGCGUCUGCAAUGAAGCUACGCCCAUUAAAAACGCCCCGGCAGGGAAGAAGUACGUCCGCUGCCCCUGCAACUGCCUGCUCAUCUGCAAAGUCACUUCCCAGAGGAUCGCCUGUCCCCGGCCAUAUUGUAAGAGGAUAAUUAAUCUGGGUCCGGUUCAUCCUGGCCCGGCCAGUCCUGACCCCCAGCCAGCCGGGGCCCGGGUCUCCUGUGGACACUGCAACAACACCUUCCUGUGGACAGAGUUCACAGACCGGACGCUGGCCAGGUGCCCACACUGCAGGAAAGUCUCCUCCAUUGGUCAGAGGUAUCCCCGGAGGCGGAGCUUGUGGUGUUUUCUACUCUGCUUGCUAUUCAGCAUCGCCACUGCCGGGCUGAUGGCUGGGACGUGGGUGCAGGCUCAGGCCUACCAGGGGAUCUACGCCUCCUGGGCUGUCAUGCUGCUCCUGGUCCUCGUCACCCUGGUUCGGGCUUUCUAUUGGGCCUGCAUGAGGGUCAGCCAGCCCCUCCAGAACUUCACAUAGAGACCCCCCCCCCUGCAACCCUGCCUCUCCUCUCCUAUCAAAUCCCGCCUGGCAGGAGGAAAAAAAGACGGCUUUAAAGAAUCAAAAAACACACAAAUAUUUAUUUAAAUCCAGAAAAAGAAGGUUCUCCUCCUCCUGUCCCUUCCCUUUUAGUCCGAUGUGUUUCUAAAUCUGGAUGGCGGCGGCUGUGACUGCUAUAUAUCUAUCGGUAAUUAUGAUGAUGCGUAUAGCCUAAUGUGCUGUUUAUCUGUUCUAAUCUCGUGGCCAGUGUGGGGUUCAUUUUAACCUUAUAACAAACUAUAACAAUUUCUCUUCCUCUCUCUCCGGCCCCCCUGCGCUGUUUAUACGUUUUAGCUUUAGUCUGUCGCACAUCAGUUGCACUCUCUCUAAGACGAGGGCUUAGAGCCAAGUCUGGGACGUGAAUUUUUCCCCUUUGUGUUUAACGGGGAGCCCUCCCUCUUCAAUCCUAAUUUGACAUUAGGGUUAGUAUCAGAGCAUUUAACAUUUUCUAUACGGAUGAUUCGGUGAACGCUGCGAUGAAGUCAGUUGAAGCUCACAUUUCGAUGCCAGUAACCUAAGUGUGGCUGGAGGGACAUCAGCCCCCCCUUUUUUUGUGAAGCAAAAAGAUCGAGUAGGUGUUGAAAUGUGUCUGAGAAAUAGAAUUCAGCAGUACGUGAAGGUAGGCUGUGAUGUUUUUGAACUCAGUGUUUCUGCUGAAUUAUCCCCUGGGACUGACUUUGAUCCAAAGCAGCUUGAAAAGCCUUAAAAGGAGGUGUGGUAGAAGGAUUCAACACACACACACACACACCUAAACACACACUCAUACAUACAUACAUACACAGCCACAUACAGUAAAUGCAUACUGGCACACAACAAAAGGAGGAUGCUGUUUUAGAGUUACAACAGCUUCACAAAUCGGAUUUAAAAAGGUAUCCCAGCCUCUCUCUUCAAAGACGGACCUGCAGACUGUUUAUUCAUUCUUAUUUCAGUACAGGAAGCGGUGACGUUCAUGCAACUUUGCAGAAAAGUUGGAUUUUAUAUAUUCUAAACAGCCAAGAUGUGGCUCAAUCAUCCUUCCCAUUUUUAAAGACAGUGACAUGUUUCUUUUUCUACAUCUACAUGGUCUGAAGCUGGUUGAUUUGAUCUACUUUCUGAAACAGACCAAAAUAUGAUACAACAAAAUCAUGAAGAACACACCUUCGUAGCAUUGACAUCAGUCUCCUUAUACCUGCAAAACACAGUGAAUUAUAACGUGUGUUUCUGGAUUUUCUUUCAGUUUGUUGUAAGCUUUUAUGCUUUCAAACGCACCACUCGUCUUGGAAAGGAAAAAGCUGAAUUUGAAUUACCUUUCUGAAUGUUUUGUUGGCUGAAGUUGAGUUUUAAAGCAAAAAACUGACACAAUUGAGCUUCAAGAUACUGCACUUCAGGGUUUUAAAGUGCCUGAUUGCAACCCUAAAUGGUUUCGAUCAAACUACAUCAAAUAAUCAAGCGUUUUGGACCACUUAUGGGGAAAAUAUGUCCAGUUUUUGUCAUUGAAGAUGGAGGCUGUUACAGGGCUUUUGUUAGUGGUUGGUUUCAGAUUCCACUUUAAGGCAAGUGGAAUAAAUCUGUGAAAGAGGAGAGCUCUACCAACCACACACAGCCUAAUGCCAGUCAUAAGAGGUCAGUAACAUAAACACACACACACACACACACACUUUACAUUCUCACAACGACUUAUUUGUCUGUGGUUCUGAACGUGGUAACAUUUCUUUUGCUAUGAAUUAUGUGUUUGUUAUUUUCUUGAUUGUAAAUAUAUUUGUUGUUUAUGUACAAUGGAAGUGACUAAGCGAAUUAUGUUGCACUCUGAGUUUAACACUAAUGCUGUGAUUGCUUCAGACGUUUUAUCUGUUGUUUUUAAGAAGGUUAUUUUUGCAACUCUUCACCUGUUACAUAUUUUAAUUAACUACUAACCUAAUAAGCCUCUGGACAGUGUCCAAAUCUUUAACCACAAACGCAUCAACAUACUCGCACCAACGAAACAUUAUGACUGAAUCACAUUCCCAAAGCUAUGACAUUUCUGUCUCUCUCUCUCACACACACACACACACACACACACCCACCCGGCACCUUAUACAGUAGUGAGAAACACUGCAUACACCAAGUAAGAUGAGAAAAAAAGUUACCUUCCCUGCUAGACUGAACUGAGGUCGCAAACAGUUCAUAUGGAAGUGUCAUGUUAUUUAUUACACACGCUGCAAAAAAAGGCCACAUGUAAGUCAUUUUUUCAAGUCCUAAAAUCGUAUUUAUUGUGGAAAAUGUCUGUUAUAAAGUGAGUUUCUAUUCACUUCAAGACUAGACCUAGGAUGUUUUCGCCUUUUUGAAAUCACUACAGUGAGCAAGUUAUGGUCAUUACAUUACAUUUGAAGACAUUGAUUGGAAGAAAAAAUAAGGUUGAAGGACCGACUUGUCAUGACUUGUUAAAGAAGACCUUCUUUUUGCAGUGGAGUGAUCCUGUUUUAUCCAUGACUGCUAAAGAUAUCGAUCAUGUUAAUGCCAAAAAACCACCUGGCUGAUGCUCCUUUCAGAGUUUGUUUACACAUAAAUAAAGACAUGAUGAUGUACAAAA